GAUUUCUGAAAUGAAUUAUGGUGUGGAUUUUCAUGAAGGUGAAAGGGUAUGAACUGAUUCUCAAACGACAUAGUUGGGAAAAUCGUUUUACUUGGUGAGGAUGGGCUGGAAAGCAGAUGCAAUAGUAACACGAGUGUCUUUGUCGGAAGUCAGGACGCCCCUUGCUUUUCACUGAUCAUGAGCAGUUGUAGACGGAUUGUAUGAACAGCAUACUAAAGGUGACUUGACGUAGUUGGUAGAGAUAGUCGUUCAUAGUAGUAGGAUUCACAUUACAUUCGCAGCAUUUAAAAAGUUUUAUGUCUCCGCUCAGUACAGUCGUUGGCAAGUACGAUGUGUGUACAAAACUUCUUUUUGGCAAAGUUGUACAAGAAUGUCGUGUCAUAAGAAUCCUGAGUGCAGCAACAGCCUCAAAAUCUCCCUUCUGGAAAUCCUCACUCUGCUCAAGAACCUUACGAAGAUGUUCACCGCACCAAAUUGCAACCUUGUCUCCUCCUGACCGUCAUAAACAGCAAAAAAGUCGAUAGCCUCCUCAACAGUUUCGUUUUCCUCUCCAAUUCCUCCUCUUCCGUAAAUCACAUUCCUUCCCUUAGACUCUCUCCCCCACUUUAUAGAACAAAAUUAUUCAUAUCGUGUCA